AUGACUGGCGAAUGCAAAAGAAUGUCUCUUGUUUUUGGUACCUUUGUCAUUUUCUUGUCAUUCUGCAUACAUAGAUUCUCUGAGAAGAGAACUGAAAAUUUUGAAUGGCAGGAACUGACAAAUUGGAUCAAGGACAAUUCAGUUCAGGAAUACAGACACCUUCUUCAUAAAUUAGAUAUUAAAAGUGUAGAAGAUUUAGCAGUUGUUGAAAUAGAAACCUUGGAUAUAAACAUUGACAAGAGAUUUAAAUCAGCUCUUCAGAAAGCUCGCGGUGAAAUGGAACUACAAUAUUUAUUGGAUUUGUAUAAAGUUUCUUCGAAAUAUAUCAUAAAAAUAAGAAUACAAGAAAAUGUAAAUAAUAUCAAGCAAUUGUGUUCAAAACUUUCAAAUGAUGAUUUUGAUAAAAAUUUGAAAUCCAAGCUUCAUGACCUGUGUACAGAUGUCAGAAAAGGUAAAAUUGGAUCUGUUGAACCUGCCAAAUUAAAGACAUGGUUCAGUGAUCAAAAGAAGUAUACAUUCUUUCAGUUAGUUCAGCUUGUUUCAACUAUCAUCAAAAUGUUCAGUGUCAGAUGUAUUGUUGUUCUUCUGGUUUUAAUUGUGGCUGUUACUAUCUCUGAGGCCUUUUAUCCUGACUGGUAUUUCCAAUAUCUGAUAAACCAAUAUUACCUACAACUGGCUAGUCAGGGCAAUAUGGCAGGGGGACAGGCUGGACAGGGGGGCCAAGCUGGACAACCAGGUCAGAUGCCAGGCCAACAAAUUUCACCUUUAAAUCCCUUUCUCGGACCCAUUUAUGAUCCUUUAGAUUUGUACAAAAAAUAAAAUAUUAUUUCUGAAUUUCAAAUAAUCAUACAGUAUAUCUUUCAUUUUUAUGAAUUUCAUAACCUGUUAUUUUGUUGUUCUGUAUUUGUAUUUUCUAUUUAAAAAAUCAUUAAUUUUAUAAUCUAUAAUCAUGUUUUUAUGUUAUAUUAUCAUCGUUGAUAUGUUUUGUACUUAUUGAUACUUUUUUCAAUAAAAUGAAUAUUUGAU